AUGAGCUGUCCGUCUGAAAUCAUGGUGCCCAUGGGCACCUAUACCCCAGAUAAAAUCAGAAAUGAUCUGACAACGUACAAUCGCAACGGUGACGAGAUCGCUGUGUAUCAAGCUUUCACAUUCGCUAGAAUGCUUCUGAAGCUGGAAUUCUCUGAUAAUAAACGCGUGAUUGUAAUCUCAUCUGGUCAACGUUCCACAUGCAACCAACCGACGAUUCCAGGAGAGGAUGUGAACACCAUUGCCGAUGAGUGGCACUCAGGUGGAGUGCCUGUGAUCUACAUUGGCAUCGGAGAUAAUCCCAACAAAACGGACAUAGAAAAGAUCACACAUGAUCCUCAAAAUUCGAUAAUUGUGCCCAACUUCAAGGUGAGCUUGUUAGUUGAUGUGUUUGAAUAA